GGAAGUUCUCAUGGAAGAGCUGCUCCUCUGUUACACAGAGAGAGAGAAAGAGAGAGCGCUAGUGUGUGAGAGAGGGGGGCUGCUCGCAGAGCUGGGAAUGGUUAUGGCCAACCUUUUCAAACACUUCUUUCGGAUUGGGAAGGUGAAGCAGAAAGGCUGUACGCUAGAUUUGCCCUCCAGCACAGAGAAAUUCGACUGUGAUGAGCAACUGUAUGACCUCCAUGUCCCCGCACUGGUGAAGUUCGACUACACCGCAGAGCGGGACGAUGAACUCUCCUUGGUGAAGGGCACAAGGGUCAUCGUCAUAGAGAAGUGCAGCGACGGUUGGUGGCGAGGAACCAAUAAUGGCCUUUUUGGAUGGUUUCCCUCCAAUUAUGUCACAGAGGAUGUGGAUGGGACGAUGAGGGGCGACUCCAUGAGCUCUUUUAAAGACAGACUGACAUCUGUGGGGCACAAUAACAACGGCUCUCAGGUUCUGGAGACUGUACAGGCACUUUAUCAUUUCAGCUCCGGCAAUGUCGAAGAGCUGAAUUUCAACAAGGAUGAACUUAUGGAUGUGUUGGAGAAACCUGAGAAUGAUCCUGAAUGGUGGAAGUGUAGAAAGGAGAAUGGGCAAGUGGGUUUAGUGCCCAAAAACUAUGUUACAGUUGUGCAGAAGACACAUAGAGAACUGGGGAAUUCAGGACCACUUUCUUCAAACUAUGACAUAAAGCCUUCUAUGGGCGGAAAGUUUGGAGGAAAACCAUGGUACUAUGGCAAACUGACACGGCAUCAGGCUGAGAUGGUACUGAACCAGAGGGGAGUGGAUGGUGACUUCCUCAUCAGAGACAGCGAGUCUACGCCAAACGACUUCUCCAUCUCUCUGAAGGCAGUGUACAAGAACAAGCAUUUCAAGGUGCAGCUAAUAGAUGGACUCUACUGCAUUGGUCAGCGCAAGUUCAGCUCCAUGGAGGAUUUGGUGGAACAUUACAAAAAGGCUCCCAUAUAUACCAGCGAAUAUGGAGAUAAACUGUACCUGAUUAAAGCGUUAACCUGAGCCUAUUAAGAAUUACAGACUCUGUAACAUCUAACCCUGUUAUUCAUCUGCAACAACAUGAAACUAUGUUGACUGUGCAUUAAGAUUUUUGAUGAAUAACUUUUGAUGAAAUGUUUAAAUGUAAAUGUUAGUGCAUUUACAAUUACAUACAGUAGAGAUGUGUUUGCUUCAGCAUGGCCCCGAUUUAGGAUUUUCAACAUUUAAAUGCAAAGUCUAGUAUAUCAGGAUUAUAAGCUAUUGUUGUAAUCGUACAGCUGUUCCAGUGCAGCAGUCCAAAAAUAAUUUCCUCACUUGCCCUUUGUGUGUACUUUAUGUUCAUGCUAUAGGCUUGUUGUGAUUGUUCCAUUUUGAAAUUGUAAGAGUGUUAAGAUACUUAAAGUGGAGAAUACAUCAUUCUAAAUGAAAUAUCAAUGCAGUUUCCACCUAUACAUUUAAUUAAAUGAA